AUGGAUGCUGUACAGAGGCUUCAAUUGCUUGAUCCCGAAAAAUUGAUUGAAUUAUGCCGGAUGCAUCUAUCUUUCACAUUGGACUUGCAUGAUGAUGAAUUUUCUGCUCUACUUGAUUUCAAAAGCAACAAGAAAAAAAAUCGUAGUUAUUUUGGGCGUCUGCUAAAAGAAAAGACUGUUGCUCAAAAUAUGCCUUUAAACCAAGAAACAAUAUCGCAUAUUUAUCAAAUCAUUGAAUUCUUAGGAAGAGAUAUCAAUGUUUGUAAAGAAGGUUUAUUUCGAAAAACUGGUAACAUCGUUCGACAACAGGAGCUCAAAUCUUUGCUUCGCAGUGGGGAAAAUAUUGAAUUUGGUUCAACUUUGUUUACUGUUCAUGACUGCGCAUGUGUAUUGAAAAGUUUUCUUGCUGAACUUCCUGAACCAUUGUUAUCCGAAGCUCAUUAUUCAGCUCAUUGCCAAAUUACUGAUAUGUAUAAAGAAAAUGUGCCUUCUAGUCAACAAAAAGUUAUGUAUCAGAAACAAGUCAAGUCGACUCAGUUACUCCUCUUAUUAUUGCCUCCUGAUAAUUACUGUCUUCUGAAAUAUCUACUCCUGUUGCUGAGUCAGAUACAAAAUUCUCAAGAUAAAAAUAAAAUGACGUCUUGUAAUUUGGCUACAUUAUUUGCUCCACAUAUAAUUUGCCCUAGAAAGAUGACUGCUGAAGCUUUGAAAGAAAAUUUUCCUAGAUUGGUGAAGUGUAUCACAUUUCUUAUUGACAAUGCCACAGUUCUAUUUGAACCCCCUAAAGAGUUAGUUCAAGAUGUUCUUUUGUGCCUCAGAGAUUUGCCCUUUGAAGGACAACUACAGUGCUUACAUAAAGAGAACGAGCCAGUAAAAACAACAAUAACAUUUUGUGAUAGAGCAAAAACUACUGUAACUGAGUCAUCUGAUUAUACUAGUCAAGCUCUCUCUGACUUGCAAGCAUACAUUGAAAAUUUGCCAAAUACUACCAAGAAAAGGAAACUCAUUAAAAAAUUUCAAAAGGAGAAUCCUAGUGACAUUCCCAGUGAGCCAAGUAGAAAGCAUUUCAGAAGCCGGUCUGUUGGAGAGACUCUUAAAAGACAUCUUAUGAAAAGCUCAUAUAAAAGGAGAGAUGAAAUUGGAUUUCGUCAUUCAGCUUUUGAUGUGGGUCAUUCAGUCUCAAAAUCAACAGACUCAAUACCAGGAUCAACAAAAGCCUCUUCUGUAGAAGCUUUAUGCUUAGAAGGAAAAGAAUCAAGUAAAUUUGCAGAGCUGAGAAAGAAUUUCCUUCGAGCAUCAAGAAAGAAAAAAGUUCAUAAAUUUGUAGCUGUUGAGUGAAAAUGAAAGAGAGUUGCUCAUAGUUGUUUUUACUUAGCAAUAGUUGAAUUGAAAGUUUUUACUUAGC